UUAACUUUAACUCUCGAGUGCUGCGUGACUCACGUUUAAAGUCCUGCAGCAUCACCAGAACUUAGGAGGACACACACACACACACACACACACACACACCUUCAGAUGCUGAAGACUCAUGGCACACAGGUGAGCCCCUCAGAACAGCGUCGUCUCCAACUGACAUCAUCGUCUCAUCACAGCUCAGCUUCAUCGCCGGUGUUGGUUCAGUCCUCAGUGCUGAAGAUCCUUAACGUCGUCCAGAAGGAAGAAAAAACACAGACUUUUAACUUCCUCCAGGACGAGCCACACUCCAGCCAAAAGACGAUGAUGUCGAGUCCCAGCAGGACUCACGUCUACAUCGACGUCCCGGCAUUCUCAUACACCCACCUCGUGCCCUACUCUGCCGAGGAACAUUCCAAGACGUUCCAGGUUUUUCCCAGCAUGCCAGAGUACCUGUCCUGCUUCGACACGUCACUGUCCGAGGACACGCCCAGGAUGGCAAGGAAGACCGGCGUGUACGCAUCCGUGGACAGGCAAGAGGAGCUGCUGGAGUGUAAGGGGGCGGGGCAAGACAGUGUGAUUGACAGCACAGCAGGACAGAGUGGACAGACGGACGUGGAGGACAGGUGUCUGGAGCAGGUACAGAGUUUAGUGCUGGAUGAGGUGCAGAAGGACAUCGAGAUGGCGUGCAAACUUCUCAACAUCACUCCAGACCCUGUGGAGUGGACCUCAGGACACGUGCAGAAGUGGCUGCUGUGGACGGAGCACCUGUACCGCCUCCCACAGGUGGGGAAAGCCUUCCUGCACCUGAGCGGCAGUGACCUGUGCGUGAUGAGCGAGGAUGACUUCAGGCAGCGCUGUUCGCCGUGUGGAGAUUUGCUGUUCGCCCACCUCGACAUCUGGAAGACCGCUGCCUGGAUGAAGGACAGAUGUUCUCCUCAAACCAGUGGCUUUAUUGGAGCAGAUGAUCUGUGUGCCGAAGCCGACUCGUCCUGCAGUGGGCAGCCCAUCCACCUGUGGCAGUUUCUCCGAGAGUUGCUCCUCAAACCUCACAACUACGGACGCUGCAUCCGCUGGAUUAACAAAGAAAAAGGAAUCUUUAAAAUUGAGGACUCUGCCCACGUGGCUAAACUGUGGGGCAUCAGGAAAAAACGUCCUGCGAUGAACUAUGAUAAACUGAGCCGCUCCAUUCGCCAGUACUACAAGAAGGGCAUCAUUAAGAAGCCGGACGUGUCUCAGAGGCUGGUGUAUCAGUUUGUCCAUCCGGUGUGAUGACCUCAGCAGUGUGACGUUUCCCCAGGACACAGAGCGCUGGAGCUCAGGUGCAGCUCAACAUCUCAGUGACUCUUUAAGAGGAAAUAAAACUGAAGGCGAGACGAGACAUCUGAGACAUUUCUGUAAUUAUGACUGAAUCCGUUUAACUUCCUGCAGAUCCUGCCUCACUUUAAACAGACUUCAGCUCAUGGAUUGUUCUUCCAGAGACCGUCAUCGCCAUUUUACUGUGUGUGUGUGUGUGUGUGUGUGUGUGUUAUAGUAAAAUCUUGUGUGAUGAAGUGGAGUUACUGUGACCAGGCUGAAGGGUGAUUAUUUUCCUCUAUCAGCACAACCCCU